AUGACAAUUUUGUUUCGGAAUAUCGUCGUUAUCAGAGCCGGAUCUUUCUGGGUUUCGUCGUUAUCGGAGAAUUUUCCGAGUUUCGUCGCCGGAUCUUUCUGGGUUUCGUCGUUAUCGGAGAGCUAUCGGAGUUUCGUCGCCGGAUCUUUCUGGGUUUCGUCGUUAUCGGAGAGCUAUCGGAGUUUCGUCGUUAUCAGAGCCGAAUCUUUCGGAGAACUUUCGCAGUUUCGUCGCCGGAUUUUUCGGAGCCUUCUCACUAUGGAGAUAUUGGAGGAAGAAAACAAUUACUCUGACAUAGUAAGAAGACUAGUUGCUAGGACUGGAAUGUCUGAAGAUAAAGCCACGGUUCUGCUGGUUAGGUACAAGUGGGACGAGGCAAAAUUUAAUUAUGAUUUCUUGAGAUCUUACGAGUACCUGUCUAUAUCUACCUGCUUUGUGGAUGAUCCUGAGCAUGACGUUAAAAGGACACUAUGCCGUACGUGCAACGAAUGGGAGAAUUGCAGAAAUAUUGGUUGUGGUCAUCACUUAUGCUGGAAUUGCUUUAGAGUUGAUAUAGAACAAAAAAUCCUUCAUGGAGAUUUGGAGUUGGUGUGUCCAUACCCAAGAUGUGGGAAAUAUCUUUCUCAUCAGUAUAUUAAACAGAUGAUAUCUGAUGAAGCUUUGGCUUUAUAUCAUUUGUCUUUAAUGGAAUCACUAAGGAUUUCAAGACCACAAGUGGUGGAAGACACUCUUUGUCAAAAAGCUAUGACCUUUGUCCUUCAGUUAUUUAUGACAAUUGUCACAGAAAUUGGGGAAGGCUUACGAGAAGCUUUAGUAGAAUACAUAAGAGACCUAUUUAUGUUUGCUCUCCGUAGCCAAUGGCAGAGACUAUUCUGA